AUGGCUCUGGUCGACUACUCCUCAUCGUCAUCAUCACAUUCCGACAGCGAAAACGAUGAAGCGCCAUCGGCACCGCCGGCCAAACGGCGUAAGCGCUCGCCGGGCUCCGGAACACAGCCAGACGUCCCGAGCGCUCCGUCAAGCUCCGAAUCUGGGCUGCCACCUUUGCCCGCGGCAUUCCAUGAUCUGUAUGCGUCCACCGUCCGCCACAGCGUCGUCGAUGAUCCCGCGCUGCAUCAGGGGCGCAAGAGACUGAUUCCUCACGUUGUGGGAAACUGGCCCAGCCAUCUGUACAUUGAGUGGCAUCCGCUGGCUGACCAGCACGAGAAGCUGGUUCAAUUGGUAUGCAGAGUCAACGAGCAGAUUGGCAGCCGAGUCAAGCUGCACAGCUUUCUGAAGAGUGACUUGGGGGCGCCCUUGCCUCUCCACAUCAGCCUGUCAAGGCCUAUUUCGCUCACCACCUCUAACAAAGAUGUUUUCCUCGACAAGAUCUCAUCUGCCCUGCAGGCCAGUGCCGUCCCGCAGUUCUCUGUUAGCCCCAAAAGAUUAAGAUGGUAUAAAUCUCCCGAUUCCAAUCGCACAUUUCUUAUCCUCCAAGUAGCAAGCUCGCGAACUUUGAGUAGCGCUGGAACGCUCUCGAAUCCAGAGCUUAUGCGACUGCUAAAUACAUGCAAUGACAUGGUCCAGUCAUUCAACCAGCCCAUUCUGUACCAGACCAAGGGUACGGACUCGGCUGAUGAAGCAUUCCACAUCUCCAUCGGAUGGGCACUUGAUUUACCUGUUGAUGAGGAGUCCAAUAAGGCUCUGUCAGCGUUUGGAGAUGAAGAGUUUCAGUCUCUCAAGUCAUGGGAGGUUUCGGUGCCCGGCGUCAAGGUAAAGAUAGGCAAUGUCGUAAGCCACCUACCGCUGUCCACCGGAGUAGCGUCAACUACGUCGUCAAAGGGGCUAUCAAGUUCACUCUUUGGACUUUGA